GAGUACGCCGCGAUGUGGCGUCAUUGUGUUUCCCGGAUUUCUGAUUUUAGAAAACACCCGUUUGUGGGUGCGGAGUCCAUAUGAGCGGACAGAAAAAGAAAUGCUGCACGCGCAAACAUGCGCAUAUAUAAUGGCCGCGAGUGUGCCCCUUCGUCGCUGGGUUUUAUAUGGUUCUUUCCUCUCUAACCUGAAUGCGUUGUCUAUGAAUGCGCCACUAUCUACGAAUUGAGCUCAUCUUUCUUGCUCUGAACGUGAAUAUCAACCAAUCCCUGGUCUUUUCCUCUCUCUGGAUAUAGGAUAGGACCAGGUGGGACCAAGCAACUUACUUGACGGGUGUCAACAACAACAGCUAAAUAGUCAAUUGACCCUACUAUACCUCCAUCAACCCACCCAACUCAUCCUUUUCAACGGAUCGCAACCAUGGCUAGGAAAGACAUCUACCUCAUCACGGAAAAGCCCAUAAAUGCCCAUCUCUCUGCCUCACCUCGCCCACUCAUCCCUCCCACCCCCUCAUCCCCUCGAGUCCUCAUCAUCGGAGCCGGCGUCACAGGCCUCACCACGGCCUGGACCCUCCUGGACCGAGGAUACCACGUGACGAUUAUAUCGCGCGAAUGGGCCAACUGCAACCAGCGACUCACCUCGCAAGUCGCCGGCGCUCUCUGGGAAAUGCCCCCAGCCGGCUGCGGGCCCCAGAUGUACGGCGCGAAGAUCCCGAUGGCGCAGCGAUGGGCGCUCGAAAGUCUGCGAGUGUACCGCACGCUCGCGGAGCGGAAGGAGCUCGCCCGCGCCUUCGGCGUCCAGAUGCGCAUGUUCACUGCCUUUCACCUGAACCGCGUUGACGAGGAUACCGUGAAGAGCGCCAAGGUGCGGUACAUCCAAGAGGCCGAGCUGGAGGGGUUCUCCCGCGGGACGCAACUCUUCGAGAAAUACGGGGUGAACGUGUCCUCGCAUGGCGGACUGCAAGACGCAUACGAGCACGUCGCGCCCGUCAUCGACACCGACAUGGCGAUGUCGUUUCUGAUGCGCCUGGUGCGCCGGAAGGGCGGCCGGAUGGAGACCGACACCGUGUACGGCGACAUUCUGGACCAGGAAGAGCACCUGCGGAAGAUAUACGGUGCCGACGUUAUCGUGAACGCCACGGGGGUGUGGGCCGGCGAGGCCGCCAGCGAUGAGACGGUGUAUCCGCUCCGGGGCGGACUACUGCGCGUGCUGAACGACGGGCGGGACUUCCCCAAGGUCGAGAACAGCAUGGUGGUGUCGUCGCCGACGCGCGAGGACGGGAGUUUCAGGGACAUGGCGUUCCUGGUGCCGCGGAACGACAGGACCCUGCUGCUGGGGUCGAUCUUGCAUCAGGACUCGUGGCAGCUGGAUCUGACGCCGUCGAGCGCGGAGGUCGUGCAGAUGCGGCGCCGGUGCGAGGACUUGUUGCCGUUCUUGAAGAAUGCGCGCCUGGACCCGCUGAGUCCGCUUGUGCAGGGGCGUCGGCCCAUGAGGACGGGCCAUGUGCGCGUGGAGCGCGAGAAGAGACUGACGCACCGUGCGCGAUCGAGUCGCAUUGUUCAUGCCUACGGACACGGCGGCGCAGGCUGGUCGCUUGCGUUUGGGUCCGCGACGGAGGUAACUCGCCUGGUGCAGGAUGUGCUGCAGGUGAAAAAUUGUUGCUGAGGGAAUGCGUACUAGUACGUUCUUUACAUCUUCACGCAGAUGGUGUGAAGUAUUCGUAUCAAAAGAAAAGAAAAAAAUGGGGAGGAGGAUUGGAAUUCAAUUUACGAAGCCCUGAUUAAUUAUUCUGGUCAUCAUCAUGGAUUUGUC